AAAAUAAAUGAUUGCAUCAAUAUUUGAUUAGAUUUGUUUUAUUUUCUCAUUUUCUUGCUGGAAAAUAAAUGUUCUCCGCCGCGGUAGUUUUCUUGCAGCUGGAAAUAAUAUUUUGCUAAUUAGCUAGCUGUGCUCCGGUCGGAUGAUUAUUGGUGUUACGCAACGCUCUCACUUCCGCUAAAGAGACUUAGACGAAUGCUAAGUGCUAUUAGCAGCCACGGAGGGAGACGGAAAGAAGCGCCGCCUAUAAGGAGACAAAAACAUUCCUCUUAAAUUUCCCGUUUAAACCGGGAAGCGGUCAUAUUUGACUCCUCUUUGCUCCCUUAUUACUGUUUUCCCGUAAAUUUCCAUAUUAUCAGCGGGAAACACCAACUACAUGCGAUAACUGCCACCACCUCCGCUCCCGCUCUCUCGCCCUCGGGCGGUUGGACUGGUGGGACGUCUCGCACCGGCGGCGGAAUAUUUCCAUAUUUCCACAACUUGACAGGUGUGGGCAAAAAGGGUCCAAAAUGUGAGAUUAUUUUAAACUAAACGGAAAAUAUCACAGUUGAAUGGCUGAACUGCAGAACGGAAAUGACGUUGUGUCUUCAAACUCCUCAUCGCAAAGUAUCAACUACAUGCAUCGAUCUACUUCCUGACUGCUAACCGUCGCUGCAGUGAUGUUCGGCCUCCUACUCGCUGUCCUCGCCCUCCCAGGAUUCCUACGUGGAGAUCUGGUGUUCAGAUGCCCGGGCUGCACGGCGGAGAACCAGGACGGCUGUCCUAAGGUCACGCUGUGCGCAGAGAUAGUGCGGGAGCCGGGCUGCGGCUGCUGCCCCGUGUGCGCCCGCCUGGAGGGGGAGUUCUGCGGGGUUUACACGCCGCGCUGCUCCACCGGGCUCCUGUGCUCCCCCAGCAUGGACGCAGAGUUACCCCUGCAGCAGCUCAUCCAGGGCUUCGGCCGAUGUACGCGCAGUGUGGAGCAGGACCCGAGUUUGGACCUGCUGCCCACUAAUGAGGUGCACGGCACUGAGAGUCCUCUGGUGAAGAGGCCGCUGCCUGACCCCUGGAACCGGCAGGAGAAAGCCCGGAUCCAGACUCAGAACGAGCUGAGAACCAGGAUGAGGACCAGCCUGCACGACGAGCGGGUCCAGAGAGAGCCGCCGAGCUCCUGCCAGCAGGAGCUGGACAUGGUGUUGGAGGAAAUCUCCAGGAUGACCUCAGAGGACAACCGGGGCCCGCUGGAGAACCUGUACGGCCUCAAGUUCCCAAACUGUGACAGACACGGACUGUACAACCUGAAGCAGUGCAACAUGUCAACACACGGCCAGCGGGGCGAGUGCUGGUGCGUGGACCCGCUGACGGGCGUCCAGAUCCCGGAGACUCCCAGAGUCAGAGGAGACCCCAACUGCCACCGCUUCCAGGAGGCGCUGCGGGCGCUGCCCACCAUGGCCCGCUAACACACACACACACACACACACACACACACACCGGGUUUGAUCCUACACUCAGUAGAAGGAAAUGCCUUUUUUUUUGGCCAUCUUCACACUGCAGCCUGAAGCAACACAAACCUGAUCUUUAUGAUGAAACUUGUUUUUGCAGAUAAACUGUCUCUUAGGUUCGAGUUCUGACUUUAUGCUUCUGUGUUGAUUUUGAAUUUUUCUUCAUUAUUUCUGCCUGAAGCGGUUUCUCUGGCCUCUCAGGUCAGACGGUUCUCAGUUUAAUUUUCCCGUUGGUUGCAGCCAAUCGUUGAGUCUAAACUCCGUUACUUUGGGUUCAGACGCGUUGCAGGAGUGUCAUUUCCCUCAUAUCUAACAGAUAUGAUUGUUUUCACAUUUUCCAACACAGAACAAAAGCUGCUUCACAAUUUAAUCAAAUACUAAAAUAUUUACACACAGAAAUAAUUAGUCAAACUGGAUAAAAAUACAAAAAUAGCAAGAAAAUAUUAUGUAAAACCUGAUCUGUUAAAACAAUUUAGAGAUAUUUAUAGGGAAAGCGAGACUGUAUUGGCUGCUGCAGCUCAUUGAUAUACAUUACUGUAUAGGACGGCGCCUAUUAGCCACUGUAGCUAGCAGCCUGCAGCCAUUAUUCUUCAUGGAGUAAAACCAGACUGAUGAGCAGGAAUCUGCCACAGAAACAGACGCAGCGGCCUUAUUUCUUGUCUAAUUUCUAUAAAAUAGAGUUAAAUGUUUAAACACUAUCACUGAAAAACGAUUCAGAAUGUAAUCUAAGUGAUGUCUGAACCCAGCGGCGGUUGGUUAGCUAAUUUAACCACCUGAUCUGUCAUUAUGUUGGUAUGUGGGUCGCCUUAUUUUUUUUUAAAACUGCAAAAAGAUACAAAUGAAUCAGAAUCAGUUUUACUGAGGACAAAAAUGAAUAAAAGUCCCGACUGUUCAGUGAGGACGGGAGUAAAUAAUGGCAUUUAUAAAAACUUGUAGAAAGAUAUGUUAACACUUACAGAAACACCAAAAUGACGGGAACGCAGACUGUUCAUAAAUCUGAUGGCGAAUCCUGAGCUUUUCAUGCAACCAGAAUAAGAAAUUUACCCAGAAUUCAAACUUUGACCCUGAAGACGCCCGUCAGGAUUCAGAGCUGGGUUGAAACGAGGAGCCUUGUUUGUAGUUGGAGCCAAAAGCGGGUCAUAUGAGCCCAGUCCUGACCGGCGGUAACUUUAUACAUGUGCUUAUGUGCCAAGCAGUUGGUCACCAGGCCAGGCUGUGAAAACUGCUUUUACAGCUUCGUCCUUCGUUGGUUUUUAUUGGGUUUUAGGAACCGUCCUCAGGUGCAGAAGGGAGUUCAGAUCGCAGGCGUUUUCUGGGCUUUUCUGCACAUUUAGUGGUGGUUUUAGGCUGAAAACGAAUCAAAAAGAGUUUUGUUUUGGCACAAUGGGGGCGAGCAUCUCUGCCGAGACGAUAACGUUCCCGCUUUAAGACUCCUGUUUGUUUUGUUAGCUUCCAACAACUUCCUGGGAUGUGCAGAUUGUGGGUUUGUUUCUCAGACUUGUUGAUUGUUAACAAAAUAAUUGUUGUUUUAUCUCGGUGAAAUGACGAGUUUCUCCAGGAAGUGCAGACAUCAGUUUUAUAUCAAACACAAUUAUUAUGCUGGAGCUCGUCGGUGCGGGAAGAGUUCGGCUCUCUGCAGAGGGGAGGAACGGUGGGAAUCUGCACGAGUCGACUUUUAUUCUGCUGAAAACAAUUUUUACUUCCACUAUAAACCAAAAGUUUCUCCGAUUUCUGUUGGACCAGAUUUUGCGAUCAUUCCUGAAGCAACAAGUCGUUACAGUUAAAAAAUAAAGCGCAUUAACAUGAUGGGGUUUGCUAUAUAGAGGAAGAGCAAAUUUUCCGUUUGAAGGUUAAAAUUAAAACAUUUCUCCAAUAAAAGUUUUACAGGCUUUCACAGCCCGAUUUCUCCUGGACGCAGUAGUUAAAAAGCACACAGUGGUCCAAAUAAAACCUUCGGUAGUCUUUGCUGGAUCAGGAAAUCCUCGUUCAGAGUCUCCCCAACAUCUGAUCACUGCAACCGGAGAAAUGUUCCCCGAUUUCAAAACUUUGGCUGACGUGGUGCUUGUAAUUCCAGUUAGCAGAGCGCAGAUAUUUGGCCCAUCAGCACAAGACAACUGAGGCACAUGAGACUUUUCAUGAACAAAUAAUGUUUUUAGAUGGAAUAUUUUAAAUGCAACACAAAGUUUAUCUGUUGAUUAUCACAGUUUUUGCUCUUUUUGAUUUCAAACACGGUAAAUCAGCAUCAUAUUGACUUAAAAAACUAAUAAACAAAUACAGCAAACGUUUUCAAAUAAAUAGUGACACAAAUCUUGAAUAGAAAAGUCAUAUAAAAAUAAAAAAUGAUAUUCCGGUGACCCUUGAACUCUUUAAAUGUGAUGAUUUUGGCCAAAUGUUUGGACUUCUCCGGUCCAACAUGGCCUCUGAUCGGCAAUCAGAUUCUAAAGGCUUUUCAUUCCUAUAAAUCCAAAUAUCUCAGUAAACAACUUUUACACAAUAUAAUACAAUACAAUUUAUUCAUAAAGCAAAUUAAAACACCACCACUGGUCGAAGUGCUGAUUAUGAUGAAUAAUUGUAGGAAAGUAAAACAUCCUGAAGCCAAACAGAAAGUUUUCACAAAACGAAACAAGUUUCUGUCAAAAUGUAAAAAGUUUCUUGGGAAACAAGUAGAAAUGUAAGAUAGAUGG